AUGGCUCCAGAAAUCGUCGUGAGCAAGAUAUUGAACAUCUUCUGGCUCAUUAGAAAGAAGGAGAAUUUGGCGAGUCAAGAGGACAAAGAAAAUACUGAAGAUGACGACGGAAUCGCAAUAGGUUCGAAGACCUGUCGAUCCAGUGGAAACUCCUUCACGCUUUUCGCCAAGCUCGGUGUCCUCUUCCAGCCGAAAGAUUCCAUCAUCCCUCGAACCAUCGACUUUAAGGAAUACCCCCAGAACUCCGCCAGUUUUUAUUCGCUUCUCAACUUUUUCAAGCGCCAAAAUAAACUCGUCAGCAAAGAACAACCUGCCUUUGAAAAACGCGAUGCUCGUUUCGGCCAUACCGUCGUCCAUUUCGCCUGCUAUCCAUCGAAGAAAGAGUCAGAUGAAAAUCUCUGGGUGAUAACUCCAGAUUCGAUGAAGAUGCUCAGUCGCAGAGUUGCGUCUCUGCAAGAGAGCGGAGUAAGAGCUACCGACUCACCAUCGAUGAGCCAGAUUGCUUCUUCAAAAAAGAAUACGCCGAAAAGACGCAGGAAAGUUUUGAUUGUCUCCUCGGACGAAGAAGAUGAUGGAUUCCCUACGAUGGUUGCUCAAAGGUCCCUCAUCCCAAAGACUGCCGAUCUAAAGCCGAUCCUUCCCAAAUCAGUUGUCGUCCAAAUCGCUCCGUCGGUCAAGCAGAGUUCUGAAGAUGAAACGAAAAGCUUGGAGAAUGUGCCUGAAAUGGAGUACGAAGAGCAACUUCCAGCCGAACAGUCCGAUUCUCCACCCAUUCAGGAAGAUGCUCCUACUUCUCAAGAUGAGCAAGUCGUUCCAGAUCUGCAGACUGAAGAAGCGCCAGGCAGAGCGGAGUCUGAGAAGAAAGGGGAAAAUGAACAGAAUGAAGAAGAAAAUACCGAAGCUCCCACGAUGUCUACGUUGACCUCGAUGGAGUCAUCCUUGCCCAGACCGACGAUUGAUCGAGAAUCUGAAAACGACGAAAAAUCCAAUGAUGGGCAGAUGGAAGACGAACCAUAUGAAAACGUCAUACAAGAAGAAAUCGUUGACGAGACCGGCAUUCUUGAUGAAAAUACCGAAGAUGCUGCGAUGACGUCUACGGUUGCUUCAAUUUACACUUCCUUGCCGAAUCGAGAGGCGGAUUCACAGUCCGACAAAGACGAGCAAAUCGAACAAGAAUCCUUCGGAAAUGUAGUCGAAGAAGAAAUCGUUGAAAAGAGCGCUGUCAAGGGCAUUUCGCAAAAAAAUGCUGAAGCAACGGUUGCUCCUAUCGAUUCUUUCUUCCCGAAUGCAGAAACUGAUACGCAGUUUGACAAGGAGGAGGAAGGUUCAAAAGACGAACUAAUUGAACACGAGUCUUGUGAAAAUGUAGUCGAAGAAAAAAUUGCCGAGGAGAGCGAUGUCCUGGAGAAUGCCUUAUCGUUUUGGGAUGACGAUGAGAAUGCUGAAAUAUCACAAAAAUCUGAUGAAGAGGCAAAAAUUGGCGCGAUCACAUCCUCAACCGCCGCGAUUUCUGUUGAGAAAAGCGCCAUUUCCCCAGAAGAUCAGAGCGAUAAAACGGUCGCUGAAGUGACCCCUUCGACCUCGAUUACAGCCGUGGCAAUUUUCCGAGAACCAAUUCUCGCGAGAUUAGCGAAAGCGUCUUUGGGAAAUCGAGAUGUAGAGAAGCAGAUUGUUGUUUCGGACGUUGAAAAUACUUGUGAGCGCGAGCCCGUUGAAGAAAUUGCAGCUGCUGCCGGAAACAGCGAAAACACCAUCGCGACUCGUGAAGAACAAACUGUCGAAGAGGAAAUUGAAACUUUUCAAGAGAAAAACGCCGUUACAGAGAAUCUUCCGGGAUCGAACAAAGAGGAACACAUUCUAGAAUCAUCAGCGAUUGCGAUUUCUAAAACGAAAAAUAUUGAAUCUUCUCAACAGUUGAUGGUGAACGAAAACCAGCAAGCAACCGACAAUGCGUCAACUGACGAGGAAGAAAUCGAAGAAAUCAUUACUCCCGAAGCCUCCAACUUAGACCCUCAGCCGGCUUUACCCUGUCUUGGCGUAGGAAACAUUCCAAGAUUCGCUACACAUCCAUAUCCGCCUGCUGCGUACGCUCAUUUGCCGAACUUUCAACCGCAACGCCAUCCAUCAAUUCCUCCUUCUUUCCACUAUCAACGACCUCCAGCAGCGCAUUUUCAGGGCAUUCAUCCAAACUUCUACCCUCCUGGAUUUGACCAUGCUCUCUUCAUGUCAAUGUAUGCCAAUGCAAGAGCUCGAUUUCCUCAGAAUAUUCAACCCAGACCUCCGUACCAGCCACCAGCGAUGCGAACUCAAGCUCAACAACCUGCCCAGCCACGCGCUUCUCGCCCAGUCGCCGUUGUGACCCCUCUUCAGCAACCGUCGACAUCAACAGCGAAUCCUUCCGACGACGAAAGUCUACCUCCGCUCGAAAAAGCAAGCAGCACGGAAUCCUCACCAAAGAAAAGAAGCUCUCGUCGUUCGAGCGCUCAGAAAAGCGAGAUCGUCAGCCUCUUGUCUAGCGACGAGGACGAGCCUCCUCAGAGGGCAUCCUCUGUUACUGCAAAAUCUAUUCCUCCCUGCGCAAAACCUAAUCCGUUACGCGAAAACAAAAACCCACUCUCAUCACAAGCUCGUUCAGAUAAAAGAAAUCAAGACAACAAAAACGGGAAAAUAUUGGAUGCAAGUGACAGUAGUGACUCAGAUCGGCCGCCGUCGCCUAUAAUCACAACUUCCAUCAGUCGAAAAAAGAGACUCGAAGCUUCGACCAUUUCCGACUCCGUCGACGGCGUCGACAAACAACCUGCUAUGCUCACACAACAAGAAGAAAACGUCCAAGCCGAAAUGGAGGAUGCAGUGGCGAAACCAAAGAAGAAAAAGAAUAAGGGAGGGCCUAAGAAAAUCGCUGCGGAUGGAACGGUCAUUGCACCAAAGAAGAAAAAGAAGAACAAAUUACCAACUGGAGAAGCAGCUGCAUCAUCUUCAACUGAACCUGCUUCUUCAACCAUCUCCACGAGUCCAGCGGCCGAUCCGACAAACAAAGAAAACUCAGAAGAAGUCAUCUUGACCGGCGAUCAAAUAAAUCAAAACAUCCUUCCUGUUGAGAAACAAGUGCCGAUCACGACAACUCAAGAAGUUUCUAAUAAGCGCGUGCUUUCUUCUCCCGAACUGCCCAAAAAGAAGAAGCGGAAGGCAUCUCCAGUCACCGAGAAGAAAAACGACGGGACGAUAACUGGUGAUCCUUUCCGAAAAAAGCUGAUUAUUCCCCUCGUCCACUGUGCUCUUCCAGAUUCAAUGCGCGAGCGAAUUGCAGUCGAAACCGUCGCGGAUCCUGAGCCUGAACAAGUGAAGAAAAAGAAUCGUCCAACUUUGAAAAAGUCAUCUUCAAAUAGCGAGCCUUCCAAGAAAAGUCUUCGCCUUGCCAACCCGAACAAAUUAAAGAGCAAACCUAAAGAAAUAGAGAUCAGAAACGAAGAAGAGAUGGCUGCUAUAGUUGUCCAAGAGAAACCAAAAUCACCAGUGACCCACUUCGAGGAUUUCUUAGAUGAGCCCACUGCAAGUGAGGCUUCUCAAGAAGAAAAUCUCUCGCAAACCGAUGACGACGUUCCAUUAACCGAUUUGCUUGGAGUGGACGAAAACAACGCCGCGCCUCCUAAAACUCCCGCGAAGAAGUCGGUUGAAGCGAUUGACCUGACCCUGGACGACUCGCCACCUAAGAAAAAAGCUUCAAAACAACGAUCGCGCAAAAAGAUAUCUACACCUGUUGAAAUUGACUCGAGCGACGAUGAAAACUCCCAACCAAAGCCGAAGAAGAACAAAACCUCGUUAGAGAUCCUCGAGGAAAAGCUGAAAAAGUCUAAACAAGAGCGAGAGCGCAAGACCAGCUCGCCGCCCGAGAAGGACAACGGUAAACCUCCACUGAAAAAGAAGAGGAAAAUCACCCCUUUCUUCACGAGGGCCGACAUCGAAGCUGAAGAGCCGGAUCAGGAGCCAGCUGCAGAACAGGCGACUGUUGAUCAAGAGGCCGCCGACCCAGUUUCAGAGAGCGCCUCCAGCGCCCCACUUCCUGAGGAAGACCCAGUUACGAGUUUAAAUCAAUCCGUAACUGUGGAAAACUGGAGCGAGCGUUCUCCAGAGAGAAAAGAAAGCUCCGAGCCAGCUCUCAUGUCCCCAGAUAUAGAGACACCAGGUACUUCUGGGCUCCCCAUCGCUUUGAACGAACAGCCUGCGUCACCUGCUCUGUCAUUGAGUCCCAACGACGAGCCUGGUCCAUCCGGACUCUGCUUGAGCCCGAACGAGAGUCCGGAAAAACCAAAAGAGCAACUCACCUGCGGUCUCACUGAAAAAGAGCUGCUGAAAUACCGGCCGACCAAGUCGACAGAGGAUAUGACGGAGAAGGAGCUCAAGAAGCAUAUGAAGCUUAAAAAGGCGAAAAAGAGGCUGAAACGAGAACUUGCCGAGCGCGAGGAAAAUGAGAAGAAAAGGAGAAAGGAUGACGAGCGAGCGAGAAAAAAUGCAGCUUUCAAGGAAAGAGAGGAAGAAAAGAGACGGCAAAAGAUCGAAAAGCGAAAAAAGGAGGAAGAAGAGCGAAAGCAAGAGGAGGAAGAAAUCAAGAGGCAAAACGAGGAGAGAGAAGCGGCCGCGGCAGAAGAAGCCAGACGAGUUGAACAGGAAGCUCUCGAGCGGGCCGCAGAGCGACGGAAAAGAGAAGAGGAAGAAGCUGAAGGGAAUGCAGAACCCAAAGAAGACGAAGAUAAAAACUUCCACGAGUUCUGGUUGACCAUCAGCUACAAGAGCGGUUGCACUGGACAACGUCUUGUUGAGUACACUUCUGAUGAGGGAAAAGUUUGGCUAGAGAAGCAGCUCCUUCUUUCGCUGAACGACAAGAUAGCGAAAAAGAAGAGAAAGUACUGGUGCAGCUUCGAACACAUCUACCCACUAGAGUUCGGAAACAGCAAGCUUGUCGGUGUUACUGACAUCCGCACAGAUCGGAAUCCAAAACUCGGCCAGUGGGAGGUCAACAACGUUUACAAAGUCGUCAUUGGCCCCGACACGAUCCUAUACGACGUUGAAUUCAAGAAGUAUCCCAAAGGCUCUGUCGUCAGUCAAUACGGAGGCACCAGGAAAUCAAUGGAGACAGCUCGACAUUGGCUCGCGCAUUUUGAGAUGGAUUUUUAUCUCAAAAAUCCCGAAGACAACAAGGAGAUGACGCAACGAGUCAAGAACAUGAUCCUAAGGCAUCUCCAAGACGAGUCUACGCUGGAACGAUACCAUAUCGCGCGUCAACAGUGCAUGGCGAACAGGAGACGAGAGGGGCACUUCGCAAAAGAACAUGCGAAGCCAUGCAAGGAUUCCGACUUCGACAACUCAAAAGUAUCGAUGAGAGUGAUCGGCGAAACUGGAGAGCUUGUCGAGAAAAAGAACUACAAGAAGACUCGGGAAGAAAUGCUUGCUGCUCUCGACGAUAUUGACUCGUACACAUCCAUCUGCAAGUUGCCUAAAACAGAGCAGAUGCUGACGAGAAGUAAGGCCAACAACGAAUUCGACGAUGUCGCUGUGUUGCCCGGAAGUUACAACCGUCAAGUGGUGGACAAAUUCGCAGUUCGCAAUGAGUUGUUCAACCCUGCAUACCUCAAGCACAAGCAAGAGCAGUUGAAUUACCUUCGGAAUCGGGUAAAAGCAGCUGAUGACGAGCUCAAGCGAGCGGAGGAGUACUUCAGAUCCAACCAACGUCAUUGGAAAGAGACCAAGCAGUACAAUCUUGUUCGUGAGCACCGCUGGGCACGAGAUAGAAAAUCCAUGCAGCUCAAAAUCUUGCAAAAAAGGCUGAUGGACGCAGAGCGAUUCAUGUUUCCAACACACAAAAAGGACGAUUUCCCGACCGACGCUGGAAGUCUCAAGGACGACACCAGAGACAUGAUCUUCAUCCAGCAGGGCAUUUACGGGCUCCGCGACAAGCGAGAAAGCAUGCGGGACUUCCAAAUGAUCUCCGAACGGGAAGAAGUUCGCCUAGAGAACAUGAAACGACCGAAGCAGAUUCCUCUCGCCGAGCGACAAGAGUUCAAGAAGCAAUAA